AACAUCUGGGUUCGUUGGUAUUAAUUAAUUUAAUGAAGGGGUGUGUUCUUGUUGUGGAGUGUUACGGCCAUUAUUUCCAUACUUUGGGUCAAAGGCUAGAUCAGCAUCACCUCGUUCAACUACUUAUUGAAGCCAUAGACAUGUUCCUUGUAGGAACUGCCUUGCUGGUUUUUGGGGCGGGUUUAUACACAAUGUUCGUGGGGUCAAGGACUACUAAUAAUAAUAAUAAGAAGAAGAAAGAAAAAGAUGCAACAUCCAUGCAUAGUGAAUCAAACAUACUUGAUCUCUUCUAUACAAAGAUAGGUGGUGGUCCUGGGUGGGCAGGGAUGCAAUCAGUUGAGGAAGCAAAAUCGAAAAUAGGGCAUGCGGUGAUGAUGAUUGUUCAAGUGGGAAUAUUAGAAAAGUUGAAGGAUAUUCCCUUAGUCACUGCCAUUGAUCUCGCUUCUUUUGCUGCGGUUCUGUUAACUUCCUCUGCCUCCAUUUUUGUCCUCUCUAAGCUUUAUUCCUAGACGUUAUAUUCUUGACUGGAAUAAUAAUUAAUAUUCCAACCUUAUACGUUCAUAUUUCAUGAUAUUUCUUUUGUAAUAAUCCAAAUGCGCAAAAGCUUCGUCAAGCUCAAUUCAUUCUUUGUACCUUCAUAAAUUAUAGUCUCUUUUUUUGUUUUUAAC